AUGUCGCUAGAUGAAGAAAUUAAAAAAGUGCAAGAUGAAGUUCACGAUUUACAACGACUUUUGUUUGAAAAAGAAAAGGCGUUGAAUGAACUCCGAAGGAAAAAGAUGUUAGAAGAUGCAAAAUCUCUGGUUCUAGACAAAUCUGAUAUAGAAAGAUACAGUCGACAAAUCCUGGUACCUGAUCACGGUAUGGAAAACCAAUUGAAACUUAAAAAGACCUCCGUCUUAAUCGUUGGUGCAGGAGGACUGGGUUGUCCUGCUGCAAUGUAUUUGACUGGUGCAGGCGUAGGUACUAUCGGACUACUAGAUCAUGAUGUUAUUGAAAUAACUAACCUGCACAGACAAUUGUUGCAUAACGAGUCAAGUCUGGGAAGGAGUAAAGUGGAUUCUGCAAUCAAUAGUUUAAGCAGACUUAAUUCCACAACCAACUUUAUUAAACACGAAACCCUAUUGACAAGCACCAAUGCAAUGGAUAUUAUCAAAGACUACGACCUGGUACUUGAUUGUACAGACAAUGUGGCGACUCGUUAUCUACUAAACGAUUGUUGCAUUCUACUAAAACGUCCUUUGAUAUCGGGAAGUGCUUUACAAAUGGAGGGACAGCUCACUGUCUACGGUUAUAGGAAUGGACCUUGCUAUCGGUGUAUAUUUCCUGUACCGCCUCCUCCUGAAACUGUUACGAAUUGCGGAGACGGAGGUGUUAUACCAACAGUGCCUGGGGUAAUAGGAGUUUUGCAAGCAGUGGAAGCAAUAAAAUUAAUAACCGACAAACCGACUUUGAGUGGUCGCUUAUUGCUAUAUUAUGCUGCUGAUUCAGCAUUUCGCAAUAUAAAAUUGCGAGGAAAAUCUAAAGAUUGUGCUGUGUGUUCCGAAAACAAAACUAUUACAACUUUGAUUGACUAUGAGCAAUUUUGUGGAGCAAAGGCCAUGGAUAAGGAUCCAAAAUUAAAAAUUUUAUCAAAUGAUGAACGAGUUACAGUAAUCGAUUUUAAUAAUAAACAGAAAACAACAGAAUCGAAACAUGUACUAAUUGAUGUUCGUGCGACUUCUGAAUUCGAAAUGUGCAAGAUACAAAAAUCUAUAAACAUUCCAAUCGAUGAUGUACUACAAAAUAAACAAACCGAUUUAUUAAACAAUUUGUUAAAUAAUAACGAUGAAGUGUAUGUUGUCUGUCGAAGAGGAAACGAUUCGCAAAGGGCUGUGAAGCAUUUAAAGAGACGUUGGAUGUUAAAAUUCCUUUAUACGAUUUAGUAGGGGGGCUACACGCCUGGGCUGCUGAAGUGGAUACAUCGUUUCCCAUAUAUUAAAAAAAUUAUAUUUAUAUUGUAAGUGUCACAGGGUAAAAAAGUUAUAUUAAAGUCUGACAAAUUUAUAUUUUACAAAUGAAAGCUAAAUUUUUGAAGAAGAACUUCUUGAGGCACAACUCUAGAGUAUUUGUACUGAUUCAUAAUGAGGAAAAAAACUCUACUGACUAUCAAAUUUAGACGGAAUCAAAAGGAACUCCACUGACGAGCAAAUUUUAAUUUUGAAGUAGAAGAUAAAAAAAAGAGUGCGCGUAAGGAUCACACGCGAUUGAAGUAAAACUUAUUUGCUACUGUAAUUUUGAACCAAAGACGAAGGAAGAUGAUCUUGAACAAAAUUCCGAAGAUAAAAGCCCGAAGGAUGAAUCAGGAAAGACUAUUAAUAAGCAAAUUCAGAUAUUUAUUUUUUCAAAAAAAAAGGAACUCUACUGACGAGGAAAUUUAGACUGUUUUAGCAAAAUGGAACUCUACUGGCAAGCAAAGUCAGCAAAUCAAUAUUGGUAUGAUAUCAUUUUAGAA